CAUGAUCGCUCCGCAACACUAGACCUUGUUGGACGACGCAUGCAUGGCAUGCCCAGAGAUCAAGGACGGCGCUUGCACCACAAUCGGUCAAGGCUGUCCGGGCCACUGGCGCAAGCACCGCGAGACGAUAUCCCGUUUAGGCAUUUGCGAACCAAUACUACGGUGCCUGCUUGCCGCAUCUGUCGACAGAAAAAAGAUAAUCACAGAAAAGGCCGAGUUCUUCGGUCAGUGCCCGCCCAACACUGACAAAAGAACUCCACUGAGGGUCGUUACGGCAGCACUUCCUAGUCUCCGCCAAGAUUGCGUGCUUGGACACGUUGGAUGUGUUCAUUCCAGCUCUUUCAUUACUCUAUGGAUAUGGUUGGGGGUCAUUUGGGCCGCGUCCUGGUUCUCGCAUCGCCGGGCCGAUGACCACCGAUAUCAUCAUGGCCGCCGAGCUUCGUGUUGUGAAAAUCGGACCGUAGGGAUGGGACGGAAUCGCGUCCGACCACGAACGACUAGCGACCCAUCAAGAGUGGGAAAAAGGGGUCCUCGCUCCUCUUUCUCAACCUUCAGGGCCUCUUGUCUUGCAUUGUACAUCACUGGCGGCUUUCUGUCUCACGCUCUGCCCUUGGGCAGCAAGACGCGGUCACGGUCAAACACGAUCCUGUGUGGGCUUUUCGAGGCUGAUCGCACGCAGGGUAUAGGGAGGGGGCUGGUCUAGGCUGGACUGCUACUUGCUGCUACAACAAUAGCCGCUGCCUGCUGCUACAGUACUGGAGACUGCAUGGUACUCUUUAUGUCACUCAGUGGAAUGGGAUAUCGGCGAUGAUACC